UACUGGUGCCAUUGUUGGUAUGUUCUGGUUGGUUGGUAAGAAGAGAUAGGUAUGGGUUGUAGCCAAAACGGAUUAUAUGCUCGAGAAAGAAAGGAAGAAAGAAAAUCACGGAGCGAUGAGCUGUGCAAUUAACAAACCGAUGUGUCUUGUUGACUGAGUUGCACAUCCCCUCAUCGGCAACGAUCGACGUCACCUUCCCCUCCAACCAAUCCGGCACGUCCGCGUUGGAAGCCAAGUCCACCUGCCACAUUCGCGAUGCCUACUCCGCGAUGCAUACUCCGUCGCGUGAAGCUUCCUGGCGGAAAAACAGACACCAUCUUGCUCAUGCAAAAGCAAGUCAACUGCCGGUCAUGCUCGGAAGCUCGCAGCAGAAGUAUCAAGACAUGCUGUCCAGGAUCCGAGGGCUGGCGAAGAAGUCACAAGAUACUGUCGUGUUUCCAUGCGAUCUCGCGACAAGCGCUUCCCAGUGGGGCAACACAACUUCGCGUCAAUUUAACUUGUGGCCUGACGAUCGCAUCUGCUGUCCUGACAGUCCUGCUGCAGCGCGGUGAAUGGGCUAAAGCCACUGUAGCAAAUUCUUGUUUAUUCCUACAAGACUCUGGUUUCCAGAAGUUUCGCAAGCACCGUCCGAGCAUCCUCAAUCCUGGAUCUUACCGGCGCAUACCUUGUGCUAGACCACGAAGGUCUGUGUCCUUGAGAAAAUGUUUUCUGCUGUCCGACAGCAAAGAAUGGUUUGGUUGGAAUACUGCAUACACCGGGAAAAUCAAAAGCUACUUUGUCACUACAGAACGUGGCUUUCUUACACAAGCACAACAUUACUCAACAGCAACGAGCCUUGUAGGCAAAGCUGUCAAAACAUACGAUAUUCUGUAUACUGUUGAUGGGCCACUAACUCUUUGCACCUGAAGGAGAUGAAGUUUAAGAGCAGCCCCGAUGACUGCUGGAACCUUUUCUACCACGGAGCACUAUUCACGCUUAGGUUUUCUCCCUGUAAGAAUUUCUUUACUCCAUCCGAUACUAACAAUUAGGGUAUUCUGAAAUCCUGCUCGCUGCCUGCCUGAAACGAGCAAUAUCAUCACGGAAGCCUUAUUGUCGAUU